CUCUGAAGCAAUUGUAAUAUCCAGCACCUAUAUAUUACCACGAUAAGAGUAAAUUGGAUCUAAUAUUUAGUUUCAGUACUGUUUGAAUUCUGUAUUGUUUUUAUAGCGUCAUUAUUUACCUAAUGAAAAUCAUGUGUCUGGUUACUGCUGUUUUAUUAGCUCCCCAAUAAGCAUAUCCUUAAUAAAUAGAACAGAACUCUCUAGUCCGUUAUUUCCAGUGAGCUCUAGCAGAAUGGAUGAAAGCCUUUCUUUAAGAGGAGCAGCCUUUGCCUGCAAAUCCAAUAUCUUGCAACAAGGAUUUAAAAUGUGUCUCCAAGACCUGUAUGACAAGGAGAGCAACUCACAGGUGAGAGUUUCAAUGUUCUAAUUAGUAAACAUUAACACACUUCAUUCUAAUCAUUGCAUUGUAUCCUUUGAUUCCCUUUUUUGCCGAUUUAUCACAGUUUGCAUAUUUAGAUAUUAUUAUUAUUAUUAGUUUGCAUCAUGUUGUUGUUACUAUUGUUAAAAGGGUUUCUCCAAUAUAUUAUAUUUGAAGUGGUCAUUGUGCCUACAUUCUGGAUGCGAUUUUGCUAUGAAAUGUGCUGUAAAUACAUAGUUUAACCGCUUUGCUGUGUGGGGAGAGGGGUGUAACACCAUUCAGUGGUGGAUCUAAAGUAGAGAGGGCCCUGGUGCCAGUGGCGGAUCUGGGGGGGCCCCAACGGGGCAAUUGCCCCACCCACCCGAAAGCCUAUUCUCUCCUGUGCAGGUGCUAUCCAAGCGUCAGAUCAGAGAUCUCCCUCACCGGUCCACAGGCACUUAGCUGGCAGCCGGCAUGGGAGGGAGGGGGGACCCGGGGGCUCAGCCUGCAGCUUCUCCGGGUCCUCCUCUCACGAGCUUGGAGCGGCAACGCUCCGGAUCUUGUGAGAGUUAACUCUAUCCCAGAAGCUGCAAGCUAGAGUUCACUCUCACUACUAGGACUGUCAGGGAUUAUUCACCACACCACCAGGGAUUGAGAAAUAUCCCACCUCCCAGGCAAAGGUAAGAAGGAAGGGGGAUCUAAAAAAUUUGUUUAUUUUAAUUAAAAAAAAGUGUGUGUGUGUGUGUGUGUGUGUGUUUACUUUUUUUUUGUUUGUUUGUUUUUUAAUCUGCCGCCCACACACAAUAGCUUUCCCAGUCACACAUUGCCCGCCCCACACUGCACCCCUCAGACACAUUGUACCCAUCACACACUGCCCCCUUACACACACUUUACCCCUCCACACACUGUAUCCCUCACACACUCUGCACCACUCACACACACUGCGCCCCUCCAUGCACCCCUCACACACUACUGCCCUAUCCCAGCAGACUCCAGGCAAGUUGUCAAACUGUUCUAUUAUGGUUUGACUACUUAUUCUGGGAGGGCACCAUGGCACUCCUGACACCAUAACCACUACAUAGAGCGGUAGUGGUUAUUGUGCCUGGAUUGUUCCUUUAAAUAAUCUACCAGUGCCCCUCCAGAGAUUAGGUUCUGGAUCCUCCCCUGCCAGGUGAAAGCUUUUUUUUUUUUUUUUUUGAAUCGCAAUGAUGGGGGGAAAAAAGUUAGAGCCCUGUCUGUUGUACAACUCUCACGAGUUACAAUGGUUGAACCCCUCUGGAUCCAUUAGAGCCGCCCCCUCACGGAACGGGACCCUCCUGUUUACAAGGAUAGCCACCCUCCUUGAUUUGCCUGCACGGUGAUCGCUGUAGUACCCUGUCGGGAAGCGGUGGUCCAUCAGUUUGGGCCUGGAUUUUUUUUUUUUUUUCUCCUCCUCCUUCUAGUGAUUAGAACACAGGGGAGUAUAGCAAUCCCCAGAGUGAAUAUAGCUGUCCCCUCCACACAUGAGACGAGGCUCUAUGUUGAGGGUGCAGAGGAACUGAUUUUUAAGGGUGCCAAACUUGUCCUUAUAUGACAAUCCCCAUGCAAGGGGUACUCCCACAUGGACCUGAUGGUAGACUGAUUUACGAUGUCACAGACAAAUAACCAUAAGGUUACAAGGCACGACACUCCCACACAGUGUGGUUCCAUGAGAUUCAUACCCAAACACCGCUGCCUGCGAUCAUGUGAACAAGAUGGCAGCCACCUUGUGGUUGUCCAUAGGAAUUGGCCACCCAGACGAACAAUUAGAACACUGCGGUGAGAAACGUUCCAAGUUGUUAAUAGGUUUGAUGGACUGAAAAUAAUAAUAAAAAAAAAUAAUAAAAAAAAAAAUUUAAAAUGAAAGCCGUACACAAACUUUUUAAAUUAAAUACAUUAUUUUGUUUUUUAGGGUUUCGUCAAUUUUGGAACAAGUGAAAACAAGAUUUGCUUUGAUUUACUACAUGAAAGAGUAUGUACUGAACUGUUUGUCAUAUAGAUUUUCUACAUGAUUUAAGUAACUGAUUGUAAAUGCAAUCUUUUUAAACUAUAAUUACUAUCAGUUUAUUCAUUUUCUUACAUUUUAUACUUACAAUAUGCUAGUUCUACAUUUUAUUUUUAAUUUACUAUCCAUGUUCUAUUGAGAAUCUCAAGAUAAAUAUUUCAUAUAAUGUUAACAAUUGCUUUUAUUCUUUAUAAAGAAGGUGCUCACAUGGGCACUCACUAAAUUCAAAUCGUAGCAAUUUAAAAUUCUAAAGACAACACGGAGGCAAAUGUGACCAAGCUUUGUUAGGCUGUCAGUAUGAUGAGGAGAUGAGGUGGAUUUAACGCUAAAGAAAAAUGCAAAAAAUUUACAUUGGCGGUUUAAAAGGACAGGGCCACGGCACCCAGACCAUUUUAUUUAGAUGAAGUGGUCUCGGUGACUAUAGUGUCCCUUUAAUCUUUUAUCUGAGUUUGGUGUUUAGUUAAUAAGCCACUCUGUCUUAAUACAAAAGUAAUGUACAAAGUUUGCGAUGUUAACAUUUUAAAAAAUAUAUUUUUACAGCUCACAAGGCCUGAUCUGAACUAUUUAGAGCCCAGUCUGCUGGAAUAUAAUGCCCCAUAUGGCAUCAAGAGGUGCGUUCGAAAAAUAAAAGGUCCAAAUUCAAACAGUAGGUUCCCAGAAAUAGUCCAAAGUGAGACUCCGAAUACCGUUUGUACCUUAAAGGAACACUAUAGUGUUAGGAAUACAAAUGUGUCCUAUUAAACAUUUAGCUAUUUGCCCCAUCACCCCCUUGUAUAGAGUUCAUCGAGAUUGAUUGAUUAUCUCAGACAAUCCAAAGAGUUACAAUCUACUGAGAGACUAACGCUGUUUUACUCGGCUAUUUUACGCAGAAGCACCUGUAGUGGCUGUCAGUAUGACCGCCACUAGAGGCAUUUAAACCUAGAGAAAAGCAAUUGGUUUUUUUUUUUUUCUUCCUAUUGCAGGGUUAAAACUACAGAGACAUGGCAUCCAAAACACUUCACUGAGAUGAAGUGGGCUGGGUGCCUAUAAUUAAUGGGCUGGGUGCCCUUUAAUUGUGAUGGUGCAAUGAAUUAUCAGGGCCUCUACCACUUCAUUCUGUUUAUUAUAGCUGCAGUAAUUUGCAAAUAUGACUUCACAUGGAAAAACUGUGUUUCUUCCCACUGGCUGUACAUGUUCUUGCACAACUUAUACGUGCUCGGAAUGGUCACGAAAUGUACAAGUCUUAACUGGCUUGUACAGAUUCCCUCUUGAAGAUCUGUUAAUUAUACCUUAUUUUAUAUUACAUGUACUACAGUCCCUGGGAAAAUGUUCUAACUUGUUUGGUUUUUAUUGUUUAAGUGUACACCUAAAGGGUGUGCAUGCUUUGUAUACCUUCUUUAGGACCCAGUUUUACAUUAUACUGGGGAUUGCCCUGUAGUUUCUACAUUGCCAAGAGUUCAUUUUUGUUCACAACCAAACGGUAUAUCACGGAAUUAAAAUUUGCAUCAGUUUUGUUCCGUUGACAGUCUUCAGACGUUGGGCUACCCUGUACAAUUCCUAGCCCAUUGUUUGAAUGUUAUUUCUGUUUCUACUCUUUGCUAACCUUUUUUAUUGUAGGAACAAAAGAGAGAAUGAUUGAUUAGAAAGAGAGCAAGCUUUUAAACAAAAAUACACAUGUGGGGAUUUUAUUCUGGAAAAUCCAUGGCCGAAAUUAUUUGCCAUGGUUUGGCUGUAACACGUUUGCCAAGGAGUUACCCAUAAUUUUCAUUAUCUCAGGCAAUCCAAUUCUUCCACAAAGGGAAGCAGUGGGAGACUAGUAAGCAUGCUCGGCAAUUGCCUCACUGUGCAAAUCAACAGCUCCUUUAUAGAGAUGCAUUGACUCAAUGCAUCUCUAUGGGGAGCGUUUAAUGUCUCCACACUCUUUUCGGGACCUAAUCCAGGAAGUAUGUGUGUGUGUAUAUAUGUGUGUGUGUGUGUGUGUGUGUAUAUAUAUAUAUAUAUAUAUAUUUUUUUUUUUAUAUAUAUCGGGGAUACCCAGUGAUGGGUCCCUGUGGGUUGUAAACUGCAAGUUCGAUGUUACUUUGACAGCCUUAAAGGGAUACUCCAAGCACUAUAAUCAAUAUAGACUGGUACAGUGCUAGGAGUGUUAUGGUACCUUCCCACAGUAAGAAUUAAAACCUUAAAGAACUGUUAACAUUAAAUAGCUGUUUAACAAUAUUCCUGAGGUCUGCUGGGCACUUGUGUCACUUCCCCUAGAAUCAUAAGCUCUUGAAUGCAGCUUUCGUUGGCUCCACUGAGCUAAGCCCUGCCAUGUAGGGUCCACUCGUUGGCUCAGAACACAGCUGGCCAACUGAUGGGCCCAAGUAACCAUUCUGAAACAAUCAAACUACUUACUUUGGGAGGGUGCCCAAAGUUAUGUAAUGAAAAAUGAAUUGGCACAUUGUCCAAGUGAACACCUCUUUACAGCUAAAAGCAAAUAAAUUCUAUAUUUCAGCCUCCGAGAAGAAGCUGCUGAAUUUCUUUCCUAUUACUGCCAGGCUCCUGUUCCUUUAAAUCCAGAUAAUGUAAGAAACAUUUUUUUUAAAACCACUUUUAUACUAUAUUCUAAGACAGUUGUAUUCCAUUGGACUGAUUUCUAAAUGUCGUCAUAGUUGUCCAACAAUCUUAUUGGGUGUAAAUGUACAAAAAAUUAAAUUGAAUGAGUGAAUGUUCUAUGAUAGAAAACACCAUUUGGAACCACAAAAUAAGCGGUUUUAUGUAUAUACAAUGUGAGUACCAAGUACAAUGAGAACCCCUAUUUUCCGAAGGAACCAGGUUUCCAUGCCUCUUACUGGGAAGAAAGGGGCGAAGCACAUAAUACUGGAACAUUUAUACAGAGCAUUUGGCAUUUUAAAAUCUUAGAGAAGUGAAUACAAAAUUGCUCUACCUUAUUUCUCUCAUAGGCAGCUUUGAAAUUCUGAGCUCACAGUAGCUAGUCCAGUCAGGGGCGUACCUAGAGCAUUUGGCACCCGGGGCGGAUCCAUUGCUUGGCACUCACUCCAACCCCCCCUCCCUCCCCAAAAAGAACCUGUAAAAAAAAAAUGAAAUGGUGGGGUUUUUUAUUUUUUUAUUUUUAUUUUUACAAUUUGUAAACUUUGCAAAAACGCUGUCAGUCCCUCCUACAAAACCCUUGUCCUGCCCCUUCCACAAAUCCUGUACUGCACCCCGUCUACAAAACCCCUGCAACCCCCUUCCACAAAUCCCCUGCUUAUCCCCCCUUAUAAACACUCCUGUCCCAAUACAAAACCCCUGCCCCUUCUACAAAAUCUCUGCAGCCCCACACACACUUUUACAGGCAGGCAGUCACAUAUACAUUGAGACACACACACACUCACACUCACAGGCAGAGAGUCACACACACACACACACACAGUUAAAGGCAGCAGCAGACAGUCACAUGCACACAGUCACCGACAGAUAGUCAUAGGCGUGUGCAGGCAAUUGCGUAAGGGUGUGCACCCUAAAGCACAAACACACGCUGAUUUAUAUAUAUAUAUAUAUAUAUAUAUAUAAUCUCCAAAAAUACAAGAUAGAAUAAAACUUAGCUUUUAUCAGCUCAAAAUAAAAAUCAAUGUUUCAGUCUGUAUCACAGACUUUCAUCAGGAUCAUGUGACACCGACUGAAACGUUGAUUUUUUUUUUUGGCUGUAUCUGUUUGCUGAUAAGCACCGGGCAAGUACAUCAAGGAAGGUGGAGUGCAUUACAAUUUUUUUAUACAUAUAUAUUUACACACACGCGUUGUUUGUUUGUGAGGGUGCUGUUUGUGUGUAGGUAGGGGGGCCGUUUAGUUAAUAUCCCCCCCCUCCCUUCUUACCUUAUGUAGGGAGGGUGGACCGUGCUGCUGCCGGGGCUAGAGUUAACUCUCAGAUCUUGCAAGAGGAACCUGGCAGAGCUGCUGGCUAGAGCUCCCCGGGUCCUCUCCUGCCUCCCUCCAUGCUGCUAUGGGCCGGUGAGUUAGAUCUUUGAUCUCCCUCACCGGCCCAUGGAGGGAGUCACGUAGCGCAUGCCACAGGGAUUAGGGUGUGCCCAGGCACACCCCGUGUGCAUGCCUAUGCAGAUAGACACACACAGUUACAGGCAGACAGUUAAACACACAGUCAGUUACAGGUAGUCACGCACACAGUUAGUCACAUAUACAGUCACUCACACACAGUCACAGGCAGAGAGUCUCACACACACAAAGUUGCAGGCAUGCAGUCGCGCGCGCACACAUAAAUAAACAUAGUUACAGGCAGUUACACACACGCAGACAGUUUUACACACACAGACACACACUCUUACUUACAGACAGUGGGCUGGAGGAGGAGUGGUUUCCUGAAGUCCUUCCCUGAAGCCUGUGGAGAAGCAGGGAUUCCAUCUUACUGCACCUCCAUGUGCAGCAGUAACCGGUAAGGGCCGUAUUAAGCCCCGCCUCGCUGCUGGUUUGUAUCCGCCCCCACUUUACCUCCGUGCGGCCAGUUCAGCUGCUCUUAGCGUGUGUGAGCUGUUCUGGCCGCACGGCACCCUAACUAACAUGGGGCACUGUGCGGCCGUACAGCUCACACAGCCCCCAGACCAGGGUCGUGGCACCCCCUACCCUGGUGGCACCCGGGGCGGUCCGCCCCCCCCCCCCUUAGUACGCCACUGAGUCCAGUACAUCUUCCUUUACACAAGGGUGACUUAUUUUACAUAGACUGACAUGACUGCCGGCGGUGAGAUGACCCAUUAUUAGUCAGACAAGGCCAAAGUUGCCAACUGUCCCACUUUCAAGGUCUUCUCCAACCACCCCUAUUUAUUUUCCCUGGCAUCCUAAAGAUAUAAAAACUUAUCUACAAGACUGAAAGCAAUCCUAAAUCAAACUAAAUAGCUGAGUUGGAGGAUUUUUCCGUUUGAUUAUUUUGGCUUACAAUAUGCAAUUCUCAUGUAAGUUCUCUGCAAUUCCUGGCUUAGCAAAUAGCCCCAUAAAUUUUGUUUCAAGAGCAGCAUUAUUAUUCAUUUUUACUUACCCUUUUCUUUUUUCCAUAAACUAGAGAACAUGUCCGUGUUUUUAAAAAAACAUUUUACUUGGGUAACUUUUUAACUACUAAUAAUAUAUAAUUUCUUUUUUUUUUUUUUUAAACCUCUAAAGCUAUGCUUUCUUUAUAGAUCAUUAUUUUGAAUGGAUGUAACUCCAUAUUCUGUUCCCUCUCCGCUUCGAUAUUUAAUCCAGGAGGUAAGGAAAGCUUGUCCAGAGAAUAGUUGCUAUUGAAAUUUUUAAUUUUUUUAAAUUUAUUUAUUUUUUUUAAACCAUGCACUAAAUCAGGGGUAGGCAACCUACGGCACUCAAGGUGUCUUUGCACGGCACUCAAGGCUGCUAGAGCCAAACAGGCUCUGGCUAUCAGGAGACCCAGUAAAACUUCAGAUAUCUGGUAAUACGAAGAGGUGGUGAAGGACAAUCCUCAAUUUAUGCAUUGCAGCACAUAGAGGAAGUGAUCUCAGAUCACUUCCUCCCGGCACUUUGUGAAUAGGAAUUCACACUGUAGUAGAACAACCCGCAGCUGCUGUUGCAGCUCCUGUCCUUGACCUGUGCCUGGUCCCCACUGGAACCCAGGGAAGCCACCCACACUGCAAGAUAUACACAGAAAUGCAUAAUAACCCUCCCCUCAUACAAAUAACAGCCUACACACAAUCCCCACAAACACACCACUAACAAUCCACAUACAUGCACACAACCCCACACGCAGCCUCUCACGUGCAAUACCCCAAACAGCCCCCACACAUACACAAACUACCAAACACACAAUGUGACAUAUCCAUCCACACACAAUUCCACAAGCAGCCCUCACACACAGCCCACAUUCAUUUGUAUCAUACACGAUGCCAUAAACUACUAAUGAACAUAUACAAUAUAAUAGCUCAUAUGCACAAAUGCAACGAUACAAAGCAAUUACAGUAAAAAUAACACAAGCAGAAUAUGGCAACAUGCACACCUCAAUUUUAAAAAAUAAAUAGGACCGGCACGCUACGGGACAUCACAAUCCUAUAUCGGCACAGUGCUGCUAAAAGGUUGCCUACCCCUGCACUAAAUACUGCCAUUCCUAUGUGCUAAUGAGCUGGUUAAAAUGGUUAUGUGUAUUUAUAUAAUGGCAAAGAUUAUUUAAAGUGUUAUUCACUAAAUUGAGAAUUUGUACCAUGGAAUCUUAACUUUUAGACUAUAAAAUUACUGACCUGGAAAAAAAUAUGCAGCUCAGUUAUUCUGUCUCUAAAUCCAAUAUCAAUCCGUGAUCCAACUUGAAAAUAAUUAGCAUUUUAAUACUGCUCAGCUUCCCUGCAAGUAAUUCCAACUAGUCACCACUAGAGGUCAUACUCUUAACUAUUGCUUGGUCAUACUCUUACUAACUAUUGCUUGGUCAUACUCUUACUAACUAUUGCUUGGUCAUACUCUUACUAACUAUUGCUUAGAUGGCUGGAAUCAAAAAUAGUGUUUUCUAUAGCGCCAGUAAGAAUAGAUACAUAAAGAAAGGUGUAAUACCCCUAUGUCGACCCGAAGAAACCUCCCAGUAAACACACUAUCAUAUUGCUGAUCAGUAGUGCAAAGUAAUUCAGACACGAUAGAAGGAAAUGAAAUAUGGUCACAGUCCAGUCUGCUCCCUAUAUUUACCCUAAUGUAAAAAUAAACAGUAACUACAUAGUUCCUAUUUAUUUGUUAAUUUUUGUCAUUUAAGGGCUGAAACCCAUUGGUCAUGGGUCUGACCUUCAGAUACUGUAGGGACUCUGCUCCUUUAAAGGAAACUAUAUGCUAGGAAUAUAAACUUGUAUUCCUAGCACUAUAGUUCCCUCGCUUGACCACCCCCACAGCGCAGAACCCUUUGCCACUUACUUGAAUCCAGCGCCAAUGUCCCUCUGCGCUGGUUCAGAUUCCCCUAUGACGGUCGAUGUCAGGACCUAAUCCGCAUGCAUGGCAACCACAUUAGAACAGCCCCAUAGGAAAGCAAAUAAAAAAGAAAAUCUAGAAGAUGAUAAAGUCUCAAUAAAAUGAGACUCAAAACUGGUUUUAAACACAAUAUAAGGAAUACUUAAUACAUAUUGUGACUUUAAGAAAACAGCACUGAGCAUUAAUGAGAAAGAUUGUCCAUUAAUCUAUAAUAUGGUAUAUUAUAUAUUGAUUCCAAAGAGGUGCCACAAAAAAUAAAUAAAAAUACUUUAUUGUGAUUCUAUGAAAAGACAAAAGGGCACUAUGGAUGGACUAUCAAAAAUAAUAAAAUAGAAAAAAAUGGAUCAAAUAUCUAUGGGGGGGGACACCAAAACCUAAAAUAGGAAUAUGGUAUCUAACCUCAAAACAAAGAGAGAGAGAGAGAGAGAGAGAGAGAGAGAGAGAGAGAAAAAAAUAUAUAUAUAUAUAAGGGGAGAAAAUAUAGAGCAGAAGAUAUAUAUUCCCUGUAACUCCUAGAACAAACACCUUCAAGGGUGUUCUAUACUGUCCCUAAAGGAGAGAGAGAAAGUAAGAAGGAUAUUGCUGCCUGUCCCCCCUCCAAUUCGAUAGCUCAGUGCUGAGAACAUAAUGAAACUAAAGUGCUUAACAAGCUAGUGCCACCAUUCGUGAAAAAAGUGUAAGCUAGAUGUGAACCCGACGCGCGUUUCGGUGCUUCUGAUGCACCUUCGUCAGGGUCUAAAAAAUACCCCAUGAAGGCGAUUGACUUUUAAAUCCUUAGUGGCCAAUCGUGUUCGUUCCAAAAUUGCCCGAUAAUCCUCCGCUGGUGUGUAGAAAAGCAUGAUGUAGGUGGGGAGGUUGUAUGCAUGUUUACGCCUCCAUGGGGGUGGGCGGAACGCCUAUCUAUGCGUCCGAUCCCACAUAAGUCUGGGGAGGGGGGCGGAGUCAAAGGUACUCCCAUGUGAGUGCGUACGUCACAAGGGGAAGGGAAACUCCUCUCUUACUCCCUCCCACAUGUUAAUCGUGGGCGGGAUAAAGGCGGGGAGAAGAGAUGCCAAGCAAAUUGCGUCUAAUAGCCCAUUGUCAGUAAAUAUAGAGAUAUUGGAUGCAUUAUAAUAUUAUGAAGGCUCAGUAAAUCUUUUUUGAUCCUGAGGAAAGUCCUUGCAGGACUGAAACGUUGAUCGUGGAUAUUUUAACUUAUUUCUAAUAAAUUUUGAUUUUUAUUUUUUUUUAUUUACCGUGAGUACAGCUACUUGUUGGAUUUUCUAUAUAUAUAUAUAUAUCCCUCUAAUCUAUGUGUUGACUGCCUGUCUUUAUGGCUAUCUAUUUUUACCUCAUUGUUUUGAGGUUAGAUACCAUAUUCCUAUUUUAGGUUUUGGUCCUCCCCCCUCCCCCCCCCCAUAGAUAUUUGAUCCAUUUUUUUCUAUUUUAUUAUUUUUGAUAGUCCAUCCAUAGUGCCCUUUUGUCUUUUCAUAGAAUCACAAUAAAGUAUUUUUAUUUAAUUUUAUUUAUUUUUUGUGGCACCUCUUUGGAAUCAAUAUAUAAUAUACCAUAUUAUAGAUUAAUGGACAAUCUUUCUCAUUAAUGCUCAGUGCUGUUUUCUUAAAGUCACAAUAUGUAUUAAGUAUUCCUUAUAUUGUGUUUAAAACCAGUUUUGAGUCUCAUUUUAUUGAGACUUUAUCAUCUUCUAGAUUUUCUUUUAUAUUCUAUUUCAGGUACAGGCCCUCUAUUUGGUGGCUCUGGAACCACCAUUCUGACCUAUGUGAGUUCCACUCUCUCACAGUUUUGUGAGUUGUGGAUACACACGUUCAAUACUUAAAAUACCCAUAGGAAAGCAUUCUGCAAUGUUUGUGGUUUUUUUUUUUUCCUAUGGUAUUUCAGGUGACACUGGAUGUCCUCAUGCAGAGCGUGACAAUGUCCAACGUCAGGCGACCGAAAGUCGCCUAACCACCCGGAAAUCCCUCUAGUGACAGCCACUAGUGGUGGGGUUAACCCUGGAUAGUAAUUAUUGCAGUUUCUCAAUAACUGCAAUAAUUACUAUUGCAGGGUUACGCGGACUGGGACAGUGCGCCCAGGCCACUUCAAUGAGAUUAAGUGGUCUGGGUGACUAUAGUGACCCUUUAACGUAUAACAUGUUAUCUGCUUCAUUUGAUAGAAAAUAUACUGGUGAAAUAUUGUUUAACUAUAAAUUGAUGAUUUUUUUUUUUUUUUCUCUAUACUGAUAUACCAUCUGGUAAAGUCACAAAUAUGGAUGCCACUAGCUCCUGCUCGUUGGCUCCAAUUUCCCAAUUUAAGAAUUCACUUUUUCCAAUUAAAUAAUUCCACAUGUCUAAAUGUGUGUGAAUGCUGAUGUCAUUUGGGGAGAAGAUUGUCCCAUUCACCUCCCCCUUUCAUUUAUAGCUUUGGUCUCCUAGACCGUGAGAGCAAGCUUCAGAUAUUUAAGUAGUGUGUUGAAUUUGGUUGGGGUUUUAAAUGUAUAUUCUUAUAUCAUUUCAUUUUUCAGAUUGUUUCCUCAUUCCCACACCAUACUACAACUUAAUAGAUGAAUACAUUGGUGCCUAUACUGGAGUACGACCUAUACACGUUCCACUGUCCAGCAAGGUAAGACUUAUAGACUGCAUUACAAUACUCAGGAGGCAAAAAAAACAAUUUAUUUUAAACCAUAAUGAAACUGGCCAGGUACUUGGUGGGCCAAAAUUGGUCCAACAUUAGUCUAGUCAACAAGGUAUGAAUACUAUGUUCAUGUUGGUAUAAUACUUUAUAUCUAUCGCUACCUUAAAAAGCUCUCUGGGUGCAAAAUGUGAGUCAAACCUUAAAAUAUAUGACAUACAUUACAUAACUGGUGUUCAGACCAUCUUGUUAAGUUAGAUCAGUCUAACGGUUAUUGUAAAGAACAACAUAAAUCCAUACAUCAUGUCUACUUGUAAAUCUGAGGAAAUAUGUCCUAUCUACCACUGUGGAUCAUGGCCAAUUCUCGGAGCCCUACCAGCGUGACCGUCCCUUAAUAAAAACAAGGUGGGGAAAACUGAAUCUAUUUAAAAAAAAUAAAUAAAUAAAUAAUUCAUACUUAUUAGUCAGAAUUUUGAUUGAGGAUCGUCUUUACUCAUAAAAACAUGCAAAAAAAAGCAACCAGAACACAAUUAUAAUAAAAUCCAAACAAAACUGUUAAGCUGCCGUUGACUGGAGAGAUUAAGAAUUUAGAGCUCUUAAAGGGGCAAAAGGUUUUGUACACCCAUUCUGGUUUGCGGAGCGUUCAGUACACAAUCACAUUGCAUCUCAACCUUACCUUCUCACUCAUGUUUGUAAUGCUGGAUUAAUCAUGCUUUUUUUUGGCUAUGGUUUUUGUGGCUAAACAAAGAAGAAGAAAUCUGACCAUCAAACCGGUAGAAGGAAUUUUUGUUUUUUUUAUACAUGUGUUUUGGCUAGUUUAUAUUGCCCUUUUAAGGUAUCCUGUAGAGCUCCACUUUCUCUCUGGUCAAAAUUUUUUUAUUUUGGCUUGGGGUUACAGAUUCAGCAGAUCGUAAAUAGAAUUUUUGGCAAAAUUUGCUGCGACUCUAGAAUAUAAAUGCUAUGUUAACAAAAAAGGAAAAUGCAUUACUGUAAAAAUGUUUUAGGCGGGUGUUUAAAAAAUUAAGUAAAUUAAGAAAUCCUUCAAAAAUAGAAAUGGUAAUAGUUAAUUUUUGCCAAUUAAUAAAAUUGUGAACAGAGGACAAAAUAGAAAUUAACCCAAUAUUUGGUGUAAACAUCCUUUGCCUUCAAAAUGGUAUCAAAUUUUGUAGAUACAGUUUUGGAAAGUCAGGAGUUUUGUUGAUGUAUAGGCCUUGAUUUAUUAAGCCUUCCAAAUGAUUCAGUACUGUUAGAAAAACUUUCCAAUUAUUUAUGUACAAAAGUCAUUUAAAUUCUGUGGAAUUGAAUCACUUGGGAAGCUUGGUAAAUGGAGGACAUAGUCAGGUUCAUAUUUAAACCACUAUACCAAAAAGGUUUUAUUAUCCCAAUUCAAGCGUCUUCAGCGGCGUCGUUUGCUCCAAAUUUAUUGUCUGUUCAAGGAAAAGAGGCUAUCUUAGUGGAUUAGUUGAAGGAAGUGAGCUUAGGUCGAAUGGCUGGCCCCUUUUCCCACCUGCCGUUUGACAACUUGCAGGUAUCCCCUCUGGGUUUGGUCCCUAAAAAAAAACUGGGCGCCUAUAGGUCAAUUCACCACCUUUCCUUCCCCGUUGCUUUGUCGGUUAAUGAUUGAUUGUCAGGUUCGAUAUGAAUCCUUUGAUAGGGCAUUGGAGUUGGUUCGCAGGGCAAGGAGCCCUGCUAGCGAAAUCUGAUUUCCAAUCUGCGUUCUGUUUGUUACCGGUUCAUCCGGACUGUUUUCAUCUUCUGGGUUGCCAAUUUCAAGGUGACUUCUUCUUUUUUGACAUGUCUCUCCCAAGGGUUGUUUUAUUUCAUGUUAUUUUGAGUUGUUUAGCCUUUCUCUCCCUCACUACCUUGACGACUUCUUGUUUUCUUGGAUUCUACGGCCUGCCUUAUCCUUGUUAGGUCAAUUUUGGGAGGUUAUGUUCAAUUUAGGUGUUCCCAUUGCAUAAGAUAAAAGGGAAGGCCCUAGCACAGUUAAAUCGCUUUCGGUCUGACGUGAGUUUCGUCUUCUGAAAGAUAAAUGGUAUAAGGGGCCUCAGAUGGCAUCAGAUUUACCCGGAAUGCGUAGCCCUCUGGCAUUUUGUGUCUGGCCCUGUGAUACUGCUUAUAGCGUUGGGGGUAAUGACUUGGGGAUGGGUCGUACCAUGGACUUAAUCCACGCAUGUAAACACGAUUUGGCGUGCUGCUUUGCAUUGUUUACCAGCUUGGUGUGAAUUUGUCCGGAGAUGGUUUGCCCGUCCCUGUUGGCAAUCCUUACCUAAUGCUAAGGCCCUGGACCGAUCUCGUCGUCUGCUCAACAUGACGAUAUCCAGAUUUGUUAGCAGUUUAGGGGGCCUGAUGAUUUGUCGUGUUGAGCUGGAGGGCGACAAUCGUAAUGUGAUUGAGGAAUGAUGGGGUUCACUUCAACACCAUUGGACUGGAUAUUUUUAAUGUGUGUUUCUAAACGGUGGUUGAAAAAGCGCUUGCUUCGAGGGGACACCACUUUUCUCCAGUUUAGCAAUCAGGCUGCAAUGGCGGGUCUUCCUGCGCCAGCAAGUUAAGAAAGGACACUGCCCGGACGGGCUUGGAGUCGCAGCCUGAUUUGGUGGAUCACGAAUGACAGGCUGAGGAGGCUCUGGUUAUAAAGUUAUCUGUCUGCUGGGUAGAACCAGCAGCUGACUGUUGUUGUUUGCUGGUUGUUGGAAAAUAAAGCUGUGAUCAUUAACCUUACCCACUAAUAUGGUGUUUGUGUUAUUUAUUGGGGGAGGGGACAAUGGGAAAAUUUUAUGAAGGUAUCAGCAGUCAUGCCUUUUCUGGCAGUGUUUACAUUAAAGCCUAGGAAUACCUCCACUAGACACUCCUCAGAUGGCUACUAGAGGUGCUAUUUGGAGCAGUGUGCAGCACUGCCAUUCAGUGUCUCCCCCUUCUGCAUGCAGACAGUGAAUUUUCCUCAUAGAGAUGCAUUUGAUUUAAUUCAUUUCUGUGAGGAGAUGCUGAUUGGCCAAGGCUGUGUUUGGCUUGUGCUGGCUCUGCCCCUGAUAUGAAAGCACUGCGAUUGGCUAAGAUUUCUCCUUCCCAUAGCAACCAUGCAGUAACGUACAUUGAAAAAUGCUAGGGGUGCCAAAUGUAAUCAAAUUUGCUGUUAUAGCUUCCUCAUUUUUCUGAUCCCCUUAUGCACGGUUGUACCAUAAUAAAAAAAAAUAAAAAAUAAAAAAUAAUAGAGUAAAAACAGAAGAGAAAAGCGCAUCCUCGAGAAACUGAGGAAGUGAGAUGAGGUACUGGGGGGUGAAGGGUUGCUCAAUGAUAUGUCCCUUAAGGAGAGUGCUGCCCUUUUGACUGCAUCUUUCGCAUGCCUCUUUGAAGUCACUCGUAGUAUGAGGACUCUGGUUAAACAUCCUGCUGCUUCUCUUCAGUGUCCCUUGCGAUUGUGAUUUUAUGUCUUAAUCCGGUCUCCUGUCCUAUUCGUUCACCAUACUAUCAAUCCAAGGGGCCCCAUAUCUUUUCAAAUUUCUUUGCUGUUCCUCUGAUCUGUGCUGUCAACUUGUCCAUUAAAUAAGUGUCUUAUUUUUUUUGUUUUACCAUUGCAAUUGUAGGGGUGUCCCUCUGUAACCACACCUGUGCUAAGACUCUUCGUGCAGCUAAGUUUAUUUUGUGUACUAGGCGUUGUUCCAUUUUUGUCCAAUCGUCUAUGGAUCUGGAUAGUAGGAACACCUAUGGGUCUUGCUUCACUUCCCUGCCGAACACCUCUUGCAGCAAUUCCAUGAUUCGCUUCCAAUAGGCCUGCAACUCAGGGCAUCCCCACCACAUAUGGAUAUACGCACCUUUAUGUCCACAGCCCCUCCAGCACAAGUCUGUUGGGUUUUUGUGCAUUCGGUGCAGAGUUACUGGGGUGACAUACCACCUAAAUGGAGUCUUAUAUGGCUGUUCUUGCAAGGAGACACACACUGAAUAUGUUGCUGCAGCCUCCCAUAUUUCCUGCCAUUCUAUGCCCUCCAAUGCCUCGUUCAGAUCUGCUUCCCACUGGUCUAUGUAUUUGAGGUCCCCCCAUUCUAGGGUAUGAGCGCUCAAGUGUGAGUAUAGAUAAGAGAUUAGGCCGCUUGGAAACUGUUCCUUUGAACACAUUCGCUCGAAAACCGUUAAUUGUGUCUGUGCCGCCUUUUUGAUCUGGGGAUCGCUGGCAUAGUCCUUAAGCUGCAGGUAGCGGAAAUAAUCGAAAGGUUUUAGCGUGGCUCUACUUUUCAGUUCAUCAAAAGUGACAAAGGAGCCAUUUUCAAACAGUUGGAAUAAUCUCUGCAGUCCUGCGUUUUCAAGUCCCUUAAAAUCCCUAGCCUGCAUGCCUGGGAGGAAAUCUGUUUCUUAAGAAGGGAGUCACUGGUGACAGGACGGAGGUCAGGCCGCAUUUGUGGGCAGUCGUGUCCCAGACCCUGAGGGAAGUUUGUAUCUCCUGGUAUGGACCUUUAUCUGAAGGUCUUUGUUCCCUGGUCCAUAUGAGGAACUGGGGUAGCUUCGGGCCCAUCAAUGAGGACUCUAAGUCCACCCACCUCCUCUCGUCGGGGGUGUAUGCCAUAGGGCUAUUUGGGCCAGCCGGGUUGCCACAUAAUAGUAGUAGAGGUUCAGUAGCCCCAGACUUCCCCUAUUCUUGGCUCUAUAAAGUAUAUUACGUGAGAUCCUGUGUUUCUUAUUUUGCCAAAUAAACUUACCUAUAGCUUGCUGAAGUGCUCCCAGGGUAGAUCUAGUCAAGUGGGUCAGAAGCGCUUGAAAAAGUAAUAAUAUCCUAGGCAACACGUUCAUUUUCACCGUAUGUAUUCUUCCGAUCCACGAUAUUGGUUUAUCUACCCAUGUCUCCAUAUCUUGUAUUAGAUGCCUAAUUAGUGGAAUGUAAUUCUCUUGAUAUAAGAGGGAGGUGUCUUCCAUUAGCCAUAUGCCUAAGUAUUUGAUGUGAUCUUUUGCUAUAUGGACGUGAUAGGUCUUCCCUAUAUAUGCUGCGCUUUCGUCGCUCAUACCUACGGGGAGUGUGCUUGAUUUGUGUAGGUUGACCUUGUAUCCAGCCACCUUUCCAUAUUCUAUCAGUAUACCAGUCAGUGCCCCCAUGGAUUCCUGUGGGUCUAUCAAUGUCAAUAAUACAUUGUCAGCGAAUGUUUUCCUGUCCCACCACGGUAAUUCCCUUGACCUCUGGGGUUGUGCGUAUCAUUUACAUGAGGGUUUCUAAUGAUAGAACAAAGAGCAGCGGUGAAAAAGGGCAUCCCUGUCUCGUGCCAUUGCUCAGUGGAAAGGGAAUGGAUCGUUCCCCCGUUAUUCGGACCUGCGCCCUGAUGUUGGAGUAUAAGGCUUUAAUGAUCACCUCUUCUGAUGAUUAUGUCAGCCACAUAGGCAGAUCAGGGGAAGAGACCGCACCAGCAGAAUGCAAUAAAAGUAUUAUUUUACUUAUAUGUAGGGGUGGGGAGAGGAGGUGGGGGGGCUAGACAGUGAUUUUAACACUAUAGGGUCAGUAAUACAGGUUUGUGUAUCUGUCCCUAUAGUGUUCCUUUAUGUGAAAAAUAGCUGUGUAAAUUUAGAUUUGUGAUAGUUAACUAAUAAAAAUAAAUUUUAAAUAAAUUAUUUUUGAAAGCAUUCUUACUUUACAGAAUUUUUCACACCUGCACAGUAGUAUGUUUGUUUAUGUGUGUGUGCUAUUUUUAAGUUCUUUCUUCAAUUAAGUUAUCUUAUUGUUUUUUACUAUUAUAAUUUUUUUUUUAAUUUUUUUUUUUGGAAGGUAACAGAGACAGAAAAUUAUCCAUUUCAAUUAACAAUAAAGAAGUUGGAAGAUGCCAUGGAAGAAGGAAAGAAAGAAGUAAACUAUAUUUAUUUUUUUUAUACCACUUUAUUUAGUUUAAUGAAAACAUUUAUGAGGCUAACAAACUCAGGCACCCACUCCAAAAAUAUUGAAUUAUUUGGAAAGCUUAGCUCGUCACGGAUAACUAUGACCCAACAAGCAGAAUUCAAUUAA